AUGCCUAACGCAAUUNGCAUUCUCGGCCGCGAGAUUGUCUUCGAACUGGCCAAAGACACCAAGACAUGGCCGGUUGUAUAUGCUCUGUCCCGGAGCAAGAAAGAAGAUUACCCAUCAAAUGUCAAGCACACCCACCUGGACCUUCAAGGCAACCCCGAGGACAUGGCAAAGGAGAUCGAACAUGUCGACGCCGAAUACGUCUUCUUCACAGCCUACCUCGCUCAAGAUGAUGAAGACGACGCAACCAAAGUCAAUGGCGACAUGCUCCAGAACUUCAUCACUGCUCUCAAAAUCACAGGCGCCGCAAAGAAGAUCAAACGCUUCAUCCUAACCACCGGCGCCAAACAAUACGGCGUCCACUUUGGCGCCCCCAAGAACCCGAUGUAUGAAUCCGAUCACUGGCUCACGAAUCCCGAUUACCCCUCAAACUUCUACUACCGCCAGCAAGAAAUCCUCAAAAAGGAAGCAGAAGAAAACCACUGGGAAUGGACAGUCACCUACCCAAACGAUGUCAUUGGUGUAGCCAAAGGAAACUUCAUGAACUUGGUCUCGGCUAUUGGCAUCUAUGCUUCCAUCUGCAAGGAAUUGAAGCAACCACUUAUCUGGCCAGGCUCCCCUCACUUUUACACCAAAUUCGACAGCUUUACUUGUUCGACUUUGCAUGCGCAGUUUAAUGCUUGGGCAGCUUUUGCACCAGGCGCGGCAAACAAUGCAUUCAAUGUCGUCAAUGGCGACAUAGAGUCCUGGCAACACCUCUGGCCCAAGGUGGCUGCGAAAUUCGGUUGCCAUAUUCCCGACAAGAUGUUUGACGACAAAGACUUCAAAAACGAGUUUGGUGAAGAUGGACUGAUUAUGCCACUCCAUCCCACCCCUCCACUCUCCGAAUUUGCUGCCGAGACCGGUCUCGUUGACUCUACUUUUACUCAACAAUCUUUUGUGCACGGCAAAAUCGACCUUUCCAAAUGGGCAAAAAAGCCAGAAGUCAAGGACGCCUGGGAGAGACUUGCGACUCGUGAAGGCUUGGAUACAUCAGCAUUCGACAAUGCAACAUGGGGAUUUCUAAACUUUGUGCUGGGCAGGAAUUUUGAUUUGGUGAUUGAGUAUUGA